GAAGGAAUAUUUCAGCGCGUGGUUCAACCAGGGUUCUGCUGAUUUCGUUUUAGCGAGCAUUUUCAGUCGCUUCUUCCGAUUUUUUGCAUUCCGGAAUAUUAUUCAGACUUGGAGAAAAUGACUUCGAAAAGCACAGCAACUCAGAUGAUCGCCAUCCUCGUCAUCAUCGGAAUGGUGAUUGACGACGGAUUUGCUGCCUAUUCCAGAGAUCCUCUGCCAUUCAACGGGCUUUUCUUGGGCAAACGAGGUGGUCUAGGCCCGGUAGACGGAGUAGUGUUGGCUAAAGAAGAUCAAAUCUGUCAUAACACCAUUUACUUUCCUUUACCUUUUUUUAUCGGAUGGUUCCCGAUCACGUUCCGAACGUCCACGUGCGAAAAUCGCGACCACAUGGAAUCUGCAUCGGCCUCAGAUUUGGCAUACUUGCCCAAGAGCGGAUAUUUCAUCGGGAAACGGUCUAAUAACGUCAACUUCGCAGAAGCUUUCGCGAGUGAGUCGACAAAACGGGCUUUGUGCAUUGACGCCGUUGCAACAUGUUCCGCCUGGUUCGAGCAGUCUUCACCGGAAUCGGUUGUCAAGCCGGAAGUCUGAGUCAACCCCUGUCUCAAUUUUAUUUGUUCUACCCAGCUUCCUUCCGGUUUCCCUGUGCUGGAUUUAUUGUGCAAAUAGUAGGCGUAGCUAAAAGGAAAAAAAAAAGAUCCUGGGAUAGACUAUGACGCGCAGAAUUAAUGAAAACUGACGUUGGAAUCGUUCCGCUUCUGGUAUUCCGCGCGACUGAAAACAAAACUGGUAUUUGGGACAAACAAAGCUGUCGCAGGCUCAUUGGAAUGCAAAUAAAAAUGCAGGUGUUUUUUUCCGAAAUGAAGACGCAGUGUGUUACCAUAUUCUGACGCGUGUUCACGAAAAAAAACAUUAUUUAUUGGCGUGGAUUUAUUGGCACGCAAUCAAAACGUGUGUAGCGCCGCCAGGAAUUGUAGAAUGAAGCCACAAGCGGAGAAAUGAAAUUACGAUUCGGCCAGA